AUGGAUUUGGAGUAUCAUUCGAAAAAAUCUUGCAGUAAGUGUGAAAAUAUGAAUAGAUCCAAAAUSAACGAGCAUAGAAAAGAAAUCAGCGAUCGAAAAAAAAUAAUAGAAUCUUUAAAAAAGAAAGAUGCAUGUUUGGAUAAUGAUGAGUACAAAAAUAUGGAAGUUACAUMAAAAAAAAYUGGAAAAAAUAUUAAUGCCACGUUCAAAGUGGAAGCACAUCAUUAUAAGUGCUGUAAACCUAAGUUAAAUAAUAGCAGCAGUACUAGUGAAUCAAUAAAAACAAGCAGUGAUGAAGAUUCUAUAAUUAAUAAAGAAAAAGACAUGAAAGUUCCUGUCGUACAAGAAGAUUCAGGUGAAGAACCAAAGAAAAUAAAUCCGAAGAUUAAAGCUCAUUUACAUUUGAAUGUGUAUCAUUGCGAAUGUGGUAUGCCUGGCUGUAUGUUAAGCCCAAGCUGGUAA